AUGACUUCCCAUUUUUGGGGCGGAGUCGUGCUCUUAUUCCCUCCACCCUCUAUGAAGGCCUGCAGCGGUUGUCACAGAGUGCGGCUGCUGGCCCCUAUUGGGACCAAUCCAGGUAAGGUGCGGUACGGGGGAAAAGAGCCCCACACAUCCGGGUGGUUCCAUGAAGAUCGGGCAGCAUCAUGUUCGGAACAGUUCUCAGAGGAGAAACAGUUUUGUUUGAACCUCCUGAGGUAUGGUCUAUCCGGCGGUCUUGCUGUCUUCGCAGCCGUGGUACAUCUUGGUCCACCGGUCUUCAAUCUAAACCGCUUUUCUGGUGGGGUUCCCAGUCCUCCUUUGGGACCCUCACAGUGGCACCUAGUGCGCGGAGGAGCUGCCCGAGGGGGAUUUGUAUAUGGUAGUACCAGGGCCAGCCCCUCAUUGCGAGGCUGCUGCCCCAGCCACCCACUUACUUCCACUUCGUUAGGGACGGUCCUGUGGUUCCUCCACCCCACAGGAGUCGAUUCCUAA